AUGUUGUACAACAACAAAUCCUUUAUCUUUUUCAUUUUCACUUCUCUUCUUCUCUCAUCCCAUCUUCUUCAUUUUAUAUCUGCUUAUGCUUCUCAACAUGAAGACCAUGAAACUCCAUUCUCCUACAGUGAAGGAACUGGUAAAGGGCCAAAGAGCUGGGGCAACAUCAACCCAAAUUGGCGAACUUGCGGGAAUGGAAAAAUGCAGUCUCCCAUUGACCUUGUUGGCAAAAGUUUGCUAGUUUCAGCUACUCUAGGCAAACUAAAAAGGGACUACAAUCCGGCUUCUGCUGUUUUGCAGAAAGGACAUUUCAUUUCAGUAAAAUGGAAAGGAGAUGCAGGACAAAUUAACAUAAAUGGAACUUACUAUAAACUAGUUCAGUGUCACUGGCAUACCCCGUCUGAGCAUACUUUUAAUGGAUCUAGGUAUGAGUUGGAACUUCAUAUGGUUCAUGUAAGUUCUGAUAACAAGAAAGCUGUUAUCGGAAUUGUGUAUGAAUAUGGCCAUCCUGAUCCUUUCCUUUCAAGGCUUUUCCCCUACAUAAAAUCACUAGGGGAGAAAGAAAAAGAAAUUAGAAAUGUUAAUCCAGGAGAUGUCAAAUUCGGUAGUCGGAAGUACUACAGAUAUAUAGGUUCACUCUCAACUCCUCCUUGCACCGAGGGCGUGAUUUGGACGAUAGUGAACAAGGUGAGGACAGUUUCAAGGGAGCAAGUAAGAGCAUUGAAGGAAAAGGUUGAAGAUGGAUUUGUGGAAAAUGCAAGGCCAACCCAGCAACUGAAAGGAAGAGCAAUUUGGUUCUAUAGUCCAUGAGAAAAUUGCUGAGAGGUUACUAUUCAUUGAUUUUAAUGAAGACAGGAAGAGAGUGUAAUUCACUUCCAUUAUUACUGCCUAAAUUUGGUUGGUUUUCUUUAUGUGUUCAUCCUAUGCAUUGUGAUGUUUAAACUAAAUCAGCAAACAAAGAGUUAUUUUUAAA